GCCACUUAAGACCCUCCAUCGAAAAUGCAAGCUCAGUCUCCGGUGGUCAUUGUAACUCAGCCCGGAAGCGGUCCUGUUCCUCAAAACUCCAACUGGCAGACGGGCAUGUGUGAUUGCUUCAGCGAUUGCGGCGUCUGUCUCCGUGGCAUGUUUUGCUUCACGUGCCUUGCGUGUCAAGUUGCAUCUGACAUGAAUGAAUGCUGUCUGUGUGGAACAAGUGUCGCGAUGAGGACCCUCUACAGGACUCGAUACGGCAUCCCAGGAUCCAUUUGUGAUGACUAUAUGGUGACCCUUUGCUGUCCUCUGUGUUCUCUUUGCCAAAUCAAGAGAGACAUCAACAGGAGGAGAGCCAUGCGUACCUUCUAAAAAAAAAAAACAAUGGUGAAGAGCUCUUUUUUUCCCCUUUCUUCUGUGAUCUCUCUCCUGAUCUCGAGAAGAGCUCUUCCGAAACAACUGACAUCAGCUCCACACCUCUUCAGCUGGAGUGCUUCUCCACUCUUUGCAACUGAAAUAUGAUUGAUAUGUUUAAUCACAAUCAAUGGGGUUAAAAAAAUUGAACUUUGAUUUAUUUUAAACGAAUGUUGUCCCUUAGUUUUGCUAAAUGGUGCAGCUUAGUUUCUCCUUGCUAAUAAAUUUUCUGGCUUAUAAAUUUUGUAUUACAUUUAAAAUAUAAACCAAAUAAAAGAUUUUAC